CAAGCGUGUGGCAGAAUGCCUGACCGCCUCAGAAAUGUCGCCCAAAAAUUAGAUUCCGAGCUCGCGACCAGACAGACUUUGGUCGCAUCUCCAACCAUGCCGCUGCCAAAACGCCAAACGUUUGCGAAGGCCUCGCAAAGGCCUCGAGUCCAGGACCCUGAAACGCAAACGACAAGCGACGACCGCUUCGCCAACUUCGAGACUGAUCCUAAAUUUCGCCUGCCCUCGAAGAAACGAGCAAAGACAAAGCUGGAUCCACGUUUCUCGCGCCUGCGCACUGAUCCCGAUUUCCAGAACAAGGCGCCCGUGGAUCGCUAUGGUCGCCGUGUCACGACCGAAGAGGUGAAGAAAAAUCUGGGUCGGCUGUACGGUUCCGACGAUGAAGCCAGUGACGCGAGUGGGCAUGAUGAAGAUGAGCAAUUGAAUACAGCAAAGGCACAGCGGAGAGACCAGGCUGUGCGGAAAGAAUUGGCCAAAGCGCAGAAGCGGGGUCUGGAUCCCAUUCGGGACGGUGGCCUUUCGUCCUCUUCUGAGGAGAGCUCCGACGACGACGACGAGCACGAAGAAGAAAUAGAGGACCAAACAGAUCUGGCUGGGGAGGGCAACCAGGUGCCCACGGGAGAUGUCACAGCUCGACUGGCUGCCGUCAACAUGGACUGGGACAACAUACGCGCUACUGAUAUCAUGGCUGUGGCCAACUCGUUCCUCCCCGUUGAUGGUCGCAUACGUAAUGUGGUAAUAUAUCCCAGUGAUUUCGGUCUCGAGCGCAUGCAGCGGGAGGAAAUAGAGGGUCCACCCAAAGAGAUAUUCGCCGCAGAGGCAGACGCAAAGAAGAAGAACAUUACAGAUGCCACUCAACUUGCUGAGGACGCCGACUCGGGCAAAGAAGACCUGGCCAAUGGUGAUGAAGGCGAAGAUUUUGACUCGAAAGCUUUGCGUACUUACCAGCUCGAUCGUUUACGAUACUACUACGCUGUCAUCACCUGCUCCUCUGCAAAUGCCGCCAAGGCCAUCUACGACAACCUUGACGGCCGGGAAUACCUCUCGAGUGCCAACUUCUUCGACCUCCGUUUUGUACCAGAAGGUGUCGAUUUCGACGCCGAGCCCCAUGACCAAUGCGAUGAUUUACCUAAUGGAUAUAAGCCAAAAGAUUUCAUUACCGGUGCGCUGUCGCACUCUAAGGUGAAGCUAACGUGGGACGCCGACGAUACAACCCGGAAGGAAGCCCAAAAACGGGCUUUUUCGCGCAAGGAAAUCGACGAAAACGAGCUCCAAGCGUAUCUAGGCGCCGACUCAUCAUCUUCUGAAGACGAGGCCGCAACCGCAAAAGCCGACAAGGCAGCCAGCUUACGAGCAGCCCUUGGUCUAGGCCCAUCAGGGGCUGGCAAAUCCUCCUCCAAAUCCAAGUCGUCGUCGAAGCGAGAUCGCGAUUUUAAGAAACCUGAGGGCGAGAUGGAAGUCACUUUCACAUCAGGGCUUUCCAACUCCGGCACCAAGGGUUCCGUUUUCGAGAACGAGCCAGAGGAGAACACACUGGAGAAGUACGUGCGCAGACAAAAGGAGCGUAAGGAGAGGCGCAAGGAACGUUACAAGGCCACUCAAGAAGGCCGCGAUCCAGACGCCGUCACUGCCACGUCGAGGAAAACCACAGAAAACGAAGACGAGAACAACGACAAGGAAGACGAGGAUCCGUGGAAUGACCCUUUCUUUGCCUCGGACCCAGAAGAUGUCCCCCGCAAGCCCUCCUCUUCCAAGAAAUCAAAAAGACCGACUGACAUAGCGGCCGAAAAAGAACGGGCCGACAAAGAGCGCGCAAACUUAGAGCUCCUCAUGCUCGACGACGACGACACCAACGCCCAUGGCCCCUCAUCUUUCAAUGCCCCCAAAAUGCAGCACUUCGAUAUGAACGAGAUUGUCAAAGCCGAAAAGAACUCGUCGAAGAAGAAACGCAACAAGUUCGCCGCCAAAAAAGCUGAAAAGGCGGCGGCGACCCAAGUACAGGACUCGUUUGAGAUGAACACACAGGACCCCCGUUUUGCAAAAUUGUUUGAGAGCCAUGAGUUUGCCAUAGAUCCCACGAAUCCUAGGUUCAAGGCUACCAAAGGAAUGAAAGCGUUACUUGAGGAAGGAAGGAAGAAGCGGAAACAUGGCGGCGGGGCAAUUGAUGAGGGCGAGGGUGAAGGCGAAGGGAUGUCGACUGGUAAAAGAAAGAAGAAAAAAGGCAGUGCGGGAGUUGCCGUGGACGAUGACGCGGACGGUGACAGUUUGAAGAAGUUGACAGAGAGAGUCAAGGCGAAGAGUUUGCUGCGUAGAUAA